AUGGCACCUAAAGAACGUCUAGAGCCGGGGUGUAUUUGCUUCGCCUACCAAGGAAGGCCAGAAAUCUCCACGCAGGGAUCGAUUAUUGGCUCUACUAAAGAUGUCGUUAACAUGGAAUGGCUAAAUGCAGAUGACUUGGCUGUUCUAGUCGACAAAGGUGCUGAUGCUCCCGAAGAUAUCACACUUGCCCCUUUCAUGGCGAUUUCCCUUCAUGAAAACCACUUCAUUGGGCUUCCACUCAUCAAAGUUCCAUAUACUAUGACGUUCAACAAGACUUGCGAACGUGCUGAACGAGUUGAUCGUACAUAUCUUGCAAUCUCUCCAUCAGAAAACACUGUCAAACUUAAGAACAAGCGAAUUGACAAUCGCUUCCGCCCUCUUCAGGGGACUAACUUCCCAGUUCAAAAAAUCUACAAGGACCCAAAAACCGGACGCCCGAUGCCCGAAUGGGAUACCUUCAUCGACUUCGCCGUGCCAAUUUAUAUCAAAUUCGAUCAAAUCGAAUGGCAUGCUGAGAUCUACAAGACUCCGGUCCCUGAAACUCUUCGCAUGAUCCGCCUUUUCCGAUUCGUCCAGAGUCUCGACUAUGAUAUUCCUGAUGUCGAAGAAAUGGACGGUGACGGCCAAGUACUUGACCUUGCUGACCGCGAUCGUACUCAGAGACGUCCCGUUGAGUGGAUCGGACCCGGAGUCCGCAACGAUAAACAAGGUCUCACCCCUCCAUCAAGCUCAGAACUUGCUAAAAGAAACCAAAAGGCCGCCCUAAACUCGGUUAAUUACGUCAACAACCCUAAUAAGGGCCCCAACAAUGCUCCUCAAGGUAACCCCGUUGGUAUAAAUACCUGGGCUAACAUCGCCGGCGGCUCGAAUGCUGCUCAUGUUGGUCAAAACCAAAAGUACAACAAUCAGCAAGGCCAGCAAUCCCGUGGAGGGGGGUCCUGGGGCCAGAAUAAACGCGGAGGUUGGGGAAAUGAAAGCGGCGCCGGCCAGCGCGACCGACGGGGCGGACAGAAUGGCGGACGAGGGCAAUACAGAGGACGUGGAAAUCAACGUGGGGGAGGAAAAUGGGGAAACAAUGGCCGCAAUUCCAACGACGACCAGAAGAACGGGCAACAAUGGGGCCAACAGAACAAGACUACCCAAAAUGAUAAUGGAAAAUCCUCAGGAGAAUUGAAGAUCCCAGAGAACGGGAAGCUUGCUGGUCUCGAGAAAGAGGUUACCCUUGCAGCCAAGAUGAUUCCUGACAUCGAAGAAGAGAAACCUGCUCCAGUCGCUGAGCUUCUCGCAUUGGCGAACGAGAAGACUACUCAAAUGAAAAAGCCAUCGUUAACCCAGGCUGCCAAAGAAAUCGGAGAAAAGGACAAAUACGACUUUGCAGCCUUCGUUCGCAACCGUGACCGCGAGAAGCAAGCAAAGCUCGGGAUUGUCGCCGAAGAGAAGGAUUCAGCGCAAUGCAUCUCCGACAAUGAUCGAACCACUUGGAAUAAAGGAGGGUCAAAGCUUGUUAAAGAACCAUGGCCAGAAGAUUGGGAGAUCGCUGAGCCCGGCAAAUCCAUCUUUGACAACAUUAAAGAUAUCCCUACCCGUGAAGGAUGGGACUUCCAAAAACCGAAUAUCCCAUGGUGGGUUCGUUGCCAGGAAUGGCUCGGCCUCGAAGGCGAGGACCGUGUCUACAAAGGAUGGGAGUAUCCCGAUGAUGAAGCGCUCUGGCAUUGA